AUGUCUGCAGACGUCAGCACCAAACCAAGAGGUUCUCUACCGAUUCCCACAGCACCCGGAGAAUCUAAUGAGUGCUAUCGAGUGAUUCGAACACUCGGAGAAGGCGCAUUCGGUGAAGUUUUGUUGAUUGUGAACAACAAAAACCCGGACAUGGCGGUGGCGAUGAAGAAGAUGCAGAUUACAACACAGGCUAACACAAAUAACAUUCGGAAGGAGUUUCUCAUCCAACAGAAACUAUCAAAAGUUGGACACGACAAUUUCAUUCGAGCUAUCGGAAUGCGCACUGAAAAUGGAUUUCAUUUUCUGUUUCUAGAAUACGCCGACGGUGGAGAGCUUUUCGAUAAAAUAGAACCCGAUCAUGGAAUGCCGACAGCAAUUGCGCAGUUCUAUUUCAGACAAUUAAUAGAGGGAUUGAAGUAUAUUCACGACUGUGAUAUUGUUCAUAGGGAUAUUAAACCUGAAAAUCUUCUUCUCACAACUUCCCAUGUACUGAAAAUCUCCGAUUUUGGAAUGGCUACACUUUACCGCAACGAGGGAAAAGAGCGUCUUCUGGAUCUGAGUUGUGGAACGAUCCCAUAUGCGGCACCUGAAGUAUGCGCUGGAGGAAAAUAUCGAGGACCGCCCAUCGACGUUUGGUCUUCCGGAAUCGUGCUGAUUGCAAUGCUCACUGGAGAGCUGCCAUGGGAUCGCGCUAGCGACUCUUCAUACGCUUACCUUCAAUGGCUGGGUAACAAUAAUCUCGAUGAGAAUCCAUGGCGAAAAAUGGAUGUUCGUGCACUUUGCAUGCUUCGUCGCAUCCUCACUGAUAAUGUGCAUCGACGAGCAACGAUAGAACAAAUUAAAACGGAUCCGUGGUUUACACACAACUAUGGUAAACUGGAGAUGACGUAUGGAAGACCACUGAAACGAGCACGAUAUGCAGAUGAGAAUUCCCCGGAUUGCAAUAUAUCUUCAACCCAACAAGCCGAUGCAGUGUCGACUGCAAAGCGACGUCAUCUGGAAACACCAGACAAAGUGGCUCAUGUUGAGAGGCAGAAUGCUUCGUUCUCGCAACCGACACGUACUGAGGACCUUCUUCUCACUCAGAACAUCGAUAUGUCACAAAAUAAUACCAAUCUUCUGGAAAGAAUGGUCUGUCGUAUGACUCGCUUCUGUACCAAGUUCGACGUUCCCACUUCAUAUCGUCAACUGAUUCAUGCUAGCGAGCAUGCUGGGUACGAAGUUCGUCAAACGGCUGAUAAUCGUCUAUUGGUAACAUUCCGUGAAGUUUCGAUGAUGGUCACAUUGUACUCGUUGAAAACCGAAUCACGAGUCAUGGUUGAUUUCCGACGUUCGCGUGGUGAUGGUAUUCAGUUCAAGAAGAUGUUCUUGGAAGUCAGAAACCGAAUGAACGAUUCGAUUUGUGUUGAUGGACAGAACUUUUUGGAAGACUGUGGAUACGUGCCACGCAAGCCGCAAUUCGUCAGAGAAGCGAAUGCUUAA